UGACGUCAGGUAAGGAACUUGCCCUCUUGCGCACAGAGUAAGAGCGCAGAGGAACCAGGGCGCGCCAGCUGGGGUUUGCAGAGGAGCUCGUCGGUAACUAAUAAGAGAUCUGAUAAUCUACUGAAAAUGGCAGUCGAAGGAGGAAUGAAGUGUGUCAAAUAUCUGCUCUUCAUCUUUAACUUCAUAUUUUGGAUCUGUGGGAUCGCGCUCAUUGUGAUUGGAAUCAUGGUUCAGAUGAGCCUCCACAAGACCCUGAUGAUCACUAACGCUUCUGCCUCGGGCGCACCCAUCGUCAUCAUCGUGGUGGGCGUGGUCAUCUUCUUCAUCGCCUUCUUUGGCUGCUGCGGUGCGUGGAAGGAGAGCUACUGCAUGGUCACGAUGUUUGCUGUGCUGUUAACCCUCAUCUUCCUGGUGGAGAUUGCAGCAGCCAUCGCUGGGUACAUCUUCAAAGACAAGGUGAAAGACGUCUUUAGCACAGCGUUGGAAGACUCCAUGAAGAAAUAUAACCAGAGUGCGGAUUUUAGGGAGGCCGUGGAUACAAUCCAGGCUGACUUCCACUGCUGCGGUUCCAAUAACUACACUGACUGGUUCAACAUCCGACACAACAACAGUGUCCCAGACUCCUGCUGCAAGACUCGCGCCCCUGGCUGUGGGAAUAACAUCACUCGCGAUAUCUACCAGAAGGGCUGUGUGGAGACCAUUAAUACCUGGAUCCAGAAGAAUAUUCUCAUUGUGGUGGGAGUGGCGCUGGGAAUUGCCUUCUUCCAGCUCCUGGGCAUCGUGUUUGCCUGUGUGCUGAUGAAAGCUAUCCGCAGCGGUUAUGAAGUGAUGUAACUGCACACAGACUCGCUGCCACAAACCUCCAACAAAGUCAUUCAUCCACUUUAUUUUUUAGCUUAAACUCUGAAUGAUUGCAAUUUUGUAUUUUUGGGGAUUGUGCUAAUUUCUGUGCUUUACACACACAUAUAUAUUUGUUGUAAGAAUGUAGGAAAAAACUAAAGCUUUCACAAAGUCCAGGCGAGAGUCAUUUUCACUCUUGUUUGAUUGUUUCAAAGUCUAAAUCCCGAUUUUUCUGCACUGCCUAUUAAAAUAGUUUAAAAGCGCACAGUUGCACCUGCACACUCAGUGCCUAUUAAGUCUUAAACACACUUGAGGCACACACUGUAGUUCUGCAGUGUCUAGUGAAAUGGCUUGAAUGUUCAUAUUUUUAUACAAUACAUCCUUAAAUGUAAUUUUAAAAGUGAUAAUAGGGUUGAAGAGUGGAAAGUCAAAGUAGAAAUACAAGAACAUAUAAACAAUAUCAAACCAUUGGGAGGUACACAUGUACAUUCUUAGGAACCCUAACCCAAGCCACAAUUUAGAUUCAUCCACAUGUAAUAAAAUCACGUUUUAGAUCAUUGUACUGUGCCAAAACAUUUUGAAUGAACUUCAAACUUUUAGACAAAUUCCCCAUUGAAUGGGUCGCAACUCUUAAUGUUCCGGAGCGCCCUUUAUGUUGGGUUUCUGUGCCAAGUGGAGCUAAUCUGCCCAUGCCAAUGUCCUUGGGUAUUUCCUCAGUCAGAUGAGAGUGCAAAGUGGCAGGUGGCAGGCGUCCUGUUUACAGUGAGCAGCCUCUGUGUCUGCACAAUUGGAACAUGCAUUGGAGGGCCCUUCCCCUUUGGAACCUGUUAGCAGCAGCUCCACGUCAACAUCACGGAGAGCAGAUCUCGCUUUCUGUGUCAGUGGGAAACAUUUAACCACAUCGAGUUCUAUAGACAAGUUUAGGAAACUAUCAGGAUUUCUUCUGUUUUAUUUAGAUUUAAGGACUUGUAAUAUGGUGCUCAAUGGCUACCUUGAAUCAAGUAGAGUGUACUUUCUCUGACAGCAAAGAGUGCGCGAGAAAUACUGUCAACGUGAUUCAGGCUAGCCCAUGAACACUCCUGUACAGUGCACCAGGAGCUGCUUGGGAUCUAGCCUGUGCAUGAACGGAGAGCGCUGCUCCCAACAGCAGCUGCCGGCUCAUAUGAGGAGCUGUACAACAUUACCCUUCAGUAUGAACGCAUGAAAUGGGAUUGCUGCGGAGAGCAAAUAUUCAUCCUGAUCUCAACUGGAUUUUGUGAAAGCAAGUAGUUUGUUUUUAAUUAUCUUAGUUAAAUCUGUAGUGUCUGUCCAUGUACCUUUUUGGAGGACGGAACUCUGAGUCUGUACGGUGGUGCCUUUCUAUAGUUUCAUAAAAAAAAAUAAUAAUAAUAAUUGUGACCAGUAAGGCUGGUUGACUUUGUCAAAAGUGUAGAAACUGCCAAAGAAGGUCAACCUUCCUCCCUCGUGCCAGCUGAACCCGGGACGAGCCAGUCCCGUUGCUUCUCCUGGGCUUGAUCCCACAUGGUGAGGCAGUGCCAUUAGGGUGAUGCUUUCAUGCCUGCCAACGCAGCACGACAAUGUUCCUGAUUGUUUUCUAUUCUGCCCUUUUAUUGUUUCCAUGAAUAAAAUAUACAUUUUUUAACUUA